CCCUCGCAGGCUCCGCCCCUGCAGGCUCCGACCCCCGGCGGCCGCCCGCUUCCUCGUUCGCUUCCCGCCGCUGCCCGGCCAUUGGCUUCGUGCGGCGCCGCGCCGGCCCGCCCUGGUUCCCGAAAAUCUCCUUUGGGUAUCUGAAGUCCAUAUGGCUAUGUAUGAUGAAGACCUUUUGAAAAAUCCCUUUUAUUUGGCUAUUCAGAAGCGACGUCCUGAUCUCUGCAGCAAAGUUGCAGAACUUCAUGGUAUUGUAUUAGUUCCGUGCAAAGGAAGCCUUUCAAGCAACUGUCUUUCCAACUGCCAGUUUGAAUCUUAUGUACUGAAGCCACUAGAAGAAAAUUUUCAGACCUUAAAUGGAAAGGAGAUCUUCAUACAAGGAAAUCUUGUCAUCUUAGGAACCGGUUUUAACUAUCAUCUCUCGGUACCUGUUCUUUUUGAGGAAACAUUUUACAAUGAAAAAGAAGAGAGCUUUAGUAUUUUGUGCAUAGCUCAUCCACUGGAAAAAACAGAAAACUCAAAUGAAUCUACAGCUUCAUCAAACCUUUAUUCUCUUAAAAAUAUUGAAGAUGUUAGAGAAUUCUUGGGAAGGCACUGUGAGAGAUUUGAUAAAUACAUAGGAUCUUUCUACCGAACAUUUAAAGAACAUGAACGGAAAAGCCUCCGCCACUACAUAGAUUCUGUCAGUGCACUUUAUACCAAAUGUCUCCAGCAUCUUCUGAGAGAUUCACACUUGAAGUUGCUUGCGAAGCAAGAAGAACAAAUGAAUCUGAUUAAACAAGCAGUUGAAAUGUAUGUCCACCAUGCUAUUUAUGAUCUAGUCUUUAAAUAUGUGGGGACUAUUGAGGCAAGUGAGGAUGCUGCUUUUAACAAAAUCACAAGAAGCCUUCAAGACCUCCAGCAAAAAGACAUUGGAGUAAAGCCUGAGUUUAGUUUUAAUAUUCCACGUGCGAAGCGAGAACUGAGUCAGCUGAACAAAUGUACUUCCCCUCAACAGAAGCUACUUUGUCUACGAAAAGUGGUACAAAUUAUCAUGCAGUCUCCUAACCAAAGAGUUAACAUGGAAACCAUGUGUGCAGAUGAUCUUCUCUCUGUCUUGCUGUAUUUACUUGUAAAAACAGAAAUCCCAAACUGGAUGGCCAACUUGAGUUACAUCAAAAACUUCAGGCUUUGCAGUUCGGUGAAGGAUGAAUUGGGAUACUGUCUAACCUCAAUUGAGGCUGCAAUAGAAUACAUACGACAAGGCAACCUCUCUGACAGAUCAACAGAAUCCGAUAGGCUGUACGACAAGUUGCUUUUAAAACAAAGGAUGAACUUUUUGUCCCAGAUGUCUACUACUCCGAUAGAUUGCUUAUUUAAGCAUAUUGCUUCAGGUAAUCAGGAGGAAGUGGAGCGAUUACUAAGUCAAGGUGACAGUGAUAAGGACACUGUACAAAAAAUGUGUCAUCCGCUCUGUUACUGUGACAAAUGUGAGAAGCUAGUUUCUGGGAAACUGAAUGAUCCUUCAAUUGUCACUGCAUUUUCCCGAGAUGACCGGGGAUAUACACCACUUCAUAUAGCUGCUAUUUGUGGGCAAACAUCAUUAGUGGAUUUACUAGUAGCCAAAGGAGCCAUUGUCAAUGCUACAGAUUACCAUGGUUCAACUCCACUUCACCUUGCCUGUCAGAAGGGAUAUCAAAACGUUACACUUCUCUUAUUGCACUAUAAGGCAAGUACUGACGUUCAGGACAAUAAUGGAAAUACUCCACUCCAUUUAGCCUGCACCUAUGGUCAUGAGGAUUGCGUUAAAGCAUUAGUCUACUAUGAUGUGCAUUCCUGUAGACUAGAUAUUGGAAAUGAAAAGGGAGAUACUCCUCUCCAUAUAGCUGCUCGUUGGGGUUAUCAAGGGAUCAUUGAAGUGCUUUUGCAAAAUGGGGCAAAUCCAAGUACUCAAAACCGGAUGAAAGAGACUUCGCUACAGUGUGCAUUAAAUUCCAAGAUUUUGUCACUGAUGGAAUUAAACUAUCUAACCUUUGAGCGGGGACAGAGUGCUUCUGAGUCACCACUUAGGUCUCCUCAGCACUCAACAGAAACUUUCAGCAGAGGAUCAUCUGUCUCUAGUUUGUCAUCAGCAUCAAUUGAUGUGAGGCAAGAUGAAGUGAAGAACAGUUAUAAAGAGGUGGAGAAACUCCUAAGAGCAGUUGCUGAUGGAGAUCUGGAAAUGGUACGUUAUCUCUUGGAAUGGACAGAAGAAGACUUAGAAGACGAAGAUGAUGCAGUCAGUACAUUGAAACCAGAAUUCUGCCAUCCAUUAUGCCAGUGCUCAAAAUGUGGGCCAGCACAAAAGAAAUUUGCAAGGGUCCCUGCUAGUGGCCUUGGUGUAAAUGUGUCAAAUCAAGAUGGUUUUACGCCAUUGCAUAUGGCUGCACUGCAUGGACACUCUGACCUUGUCUCUCUGUUGUUGAAACAUGGAGCCAGUAUCAGUGCCAAGAAUGCAGAACAUGCAGUGCCUCUUCAUUUAGCCUGCCAGAAAGGUCACUCCCAGGUGGUAGAAUGUCUAAUGAAUUAUAAUGCCAAACAAAAUAAAAAGGAUGCAUAUGGAAAUACUCCUUUAAUUUAUGCAUGCUUGAAUGGUCACUAUGAGACUACUGCCUUGUUGUUACAGCAUGGAGCUUCUGUUAACCUUUCUAAUGCCAAAGGAAAUACAGCACUGCAUGAGGCUGUGAUAGGGAAAAAUGAAGCCCUGGUAGACUUGCUGCUUCAGAAUGGUGCAGUGACACACAUACAGAAUGAAAUGAACUGUACCCCUGCAGACUGUGCUGAGCCGAACUCAAAUAUCAUUAAGUUGCUGGAAACAGCAGCAAGCUAUGUACCUGCAUCAGCAGAGGAAGAAAAGGAAUGUGAGCAGCAUGCUACUAUCAAGAUAAGAAGAAAAGUGAAUGAGCCAUGUGAGAAAGCUGAUGAUCCCAUAAGAAGACAACAUCAACUCGUCCAAUCAAUUAACAGAUUUAACAAAGCAAAACACGUACGGAGAACAAUAACAAGAGAUAAAAGUGUCCCCAGUUUUGACUAUCAGUUCUUGCACCAGGUGGAGACUUUUUGCAAGGGAGGUAGCAAAAUGGAUGUUGCAUUGUCAGCUGUAUCACAGCUAUAUGGUGUGUUAGCUAUUAAAAGCUUCGAUAAAACCAAGUUAAAAUCUGUUGAAACACUGGACCAGAACAAAGCUAAGAUUAUUGAUGCAGAAUGCAGUGGCAAAUUUAUGAAACAUGACGACAUGAUAGAAACUCCUUGUAGGAGUAAAUUAAUGCACCGGAGACACACCGUUCCACUUUCAGCAGAGAGUGGCAGUGGUAAUAGUUUAUCCAGCCCUGGAAGUCCAAGUAUUUCACAAUCAAAAGACUGCUGUGAUGACUUGCUUUCCAAACAUUGACAAAGAAGCGCAACCGUGAUGUCAAAAGCUGAGGAACUAGCUGGUGUUGAUUUCAGUAUCCAUUUGCUGCAUAUCAAAGAACUUGCUGACACUUGUAAGCUAUGCCUUCAGAAGAGAAUACAGGGAUGACUGUUCAGCAGAAACAGAAUGUUCCCAGAACUCUUGAAGACUGAAUCUGUCUUGGAGGUAACUGCAGAGCCAGAUCGUUACUGAUCUCAACAAACAGGGAAGUACUGAUGUAUGUAGGCAGUAAAGUUACCUUCCUGUUCUACUUAGCACUUACUAAAAAAUCAUAUAUAACAGUAAAACAGACCAAACCCUGUAUUGUAUUUUUUCAGCCAUCCACUUUGUUUUUAAAGUCUUUGAAUAAUUUUCACAUUUUCGGUUUUUACCACUACA